UCGAUCUCCUCUCGCGGUGGCGAUAUGGACGACGGCGGCGGCGGCUACAAUCCGCGGACGCCGGAGGAGGUGUUUAGGGAUUUUAGAGCGAGAAGGGCCGGGAUUAUCAAAGCCCUAACCACUGAUGUGGAGAAGUUCUACCAACAGUGCGAUCCUGAGAAGGAGAACUUAUGUCUGUAUGGCCAUCCUGAUGAGACUUGGGAAGUGAACUUGCCUGCUGAGGAAGUCCCUCCUGAACUUCCAGAACCAGCAUUAGGGAUAAAUUUUGCUCGUGAUGGGAUGGAAGAAAAGGAUUGGUUGUCUCUGGUCGCGGUUCACAGUGAUUCAUGGCUACUGUCUGUUGCCUUCUACUUUGGAGCACGUUUUGGGUUCGACAAGGAAUCAAGGAGGCGGCUUUUCACCAUGAUUAAUGGCCUUCCCACUAUAUAUGAAGUUGUGACCGGGACUUCGAAGAAGCAAUCAAAAGAAAAAACCUCCAACAGCAGCAAGAACAAAUCAGGCUCCAAAGCCUCGAAGGUGGCUCCCAAGAAAGAGGAGGAAGAGCGAGAAGGGGAGGACGGCGAGGAGUAUGAGGAAGAUCACGGGAGCACUCUGUGCGGGGCGUGCGGGGAGACCUACGCGAACGACGAGUUCUGGAUCUGCUGCGACGUGUGCGAGAAGUGGUUCCACGGUAAGUGUGUUCGGAUCACCCCGGCCAGGGCCGAGCACAUCAAGCAGUACAAAUGCCCCGGUUGCAGUAACAACAAGAGGGCUAGGGCUUGACAGGCGUCGGCGAGCUUAACGUUUAUUGCUUCAACAUUUAACGGUAGAACCAUCGGAAAAUUAGGGUUAGAAGAACCAUUUUGGGGGCCACGUGUUGCGAUCGAUAGGAUUAUGGUCUUGUUGUAGAAUCAGGUGUAGGCUUUUUCUUUUUCUUUUUUCUCCCCUUCCUUUUUGGUGGUGCUGGACAUAAUCUGUGUUAAUUAUUGGUGUUUGGAUGUGUGUUUGUGUGGGGGAUCUUCUCUGUAGUGUUAAACUAACUUUAACAAGUAGUUGAAGUUUCUCAGCUUCUUAAAAAAAGUGCUUUUCUUUCAGUG